AUGGCCGCCUUGAAGGAGAAGAGGACUUGUGGGCAACGAUGUGAAGACUUUGGCCAUUUUGUCUGGGACUCAGAUGAAGGGAAGUUUAUGGGCAGAACACCAGAGAAAUGGGUGUACAUCAGUCUCUAUUAUGUGUCCUUCUACGCGGUGAUGACCUCCCUUUUCAGCCUCGCCAUCUGGACGCUCAUGUACACCUUGGAUCCGUACACGCCGGACUACCAAGACCGACUAGCAUCUCCGGGGGUGAUGGUGUGGCCGGACACUUAUGGAGAGGAAGUUAUUGAAAUCACCUACAACACGUCAGACAAAGCCAGCUGGAUGAAGAUGACCAAAAUCCUCAAUGAGUUCCUGGAGCCCUACAAUGACACCAAGCAGCUUGAGUGUAACAACUAUAACUGCACAAAGGGAAAGUACUUCCUCCAGAAACACUUCCUCGGACCUCACCACACUAAGUACUCAUGUCCCUUCCUGCAAAGCAUGCUGGGACCCUGCUCAGGAUUUGAGGACCCAACCUUUGGCUACAACUGCUCCAUGCCUUGUGUCAUCAUUAAGAUGAACAGAAUCAUCAACUAUUUGCCUACUAAUCGCACAGACGUUGCCCCUUAUGUAAACUGCACUGUACUGGAAGGGGAAGGAAAUGUGGCCAAAAUUGAGUAUUACCCUGAAAAUGGAAAUAUGGAUCCCUCUUACUUCCCUUACUACGGGAGGCUGGCACAGCCUUCUUACGUCAACCCGUUGGUGGCUGUGCGGUUCAGCCUGGUCGGAGCGAAGCACGCUAAGAUCCAGUGUAGAGUGGUCUCAGAAAAGAUCAGCUACGAAAACUACCACGACCCCUACGAGGGAAAAGUCAUCUUCUACCUCAAAGCAUUAAAAUGAGAAACAGUAGAGAAGAUACAGAGAAAUCAGUAACAACAACUAACCUUUCAGUAUCAGAGAUAGAGCAGCUGACUACAGAUAAACUAUUAUUCAAUGACCUUUAAACCACUUUAUUCUUUUAGACACAAGAGGUUGCAGUGAAACUAUUGUAAUGUGUUCACAGCUGUAUUUUGCAUAAACAACACGUUCAAUAAUAAUCCAGCACCGGAAAUAUCCUUUUUUUAACACACUUUAAACUCCUUGUAUUGUUACA